AAUGACUUCAUCCGGAGAAAAGUUCUGGCAAACUUCAGAGGAGCUGAGAGGGAAUAAGAAGAGGCUCGCAUGAGAUACAGCUGUUUAGUUUGGCCCUGAACACGGACUCUACUUUAAAAGGAAUGGAGCACCAGGAGAACCACACAGCGGACCCCCAGCCCCUUUCCCAGCACAUGCAGAGCCCCAUGGACUCCCAGGCCGACAGAGAUGAUGGGAACGCAUACCUCUACAUCCUAAUCGUCAUGUCUUUCUACGCAGUGUUCGUGUGCGGCAUCAUGCUGGGCUACUUCCGCUCCAAGAGGAAGGAGAAGAGGAGGAUAAACGUCUUCACGCGCCUGGUGCACGAGCUGGAGCAGCGGGAGUGGGGCGCUCUGCCUACCAAGAAACACAGCCUCUCCUCCCCCGCCGCCGACUCGGGGCUGUCCCUCCCGUUCUGCGGUAACCACGGGAGUCAUUUCGGCCACCCCAGGUUCGACGGGCCGCUGGCGUGCGUGCUGUGCACGGAGCAGAGCAGUGUCAGCUCCCUGUGCUCCUCGGCGGACACACGCGUCACCAUCGAAGAGGAGGCUGACGGGAGCGCGGGGGAGGAGCAGGAGAGGGGCGCCCAGCCCGACCCCAGCGGAGACGACUCAGGCUGAAGAGGUUCGUCCGUGAUGAAAAAAAAACACAUUUGAGAGCUGCAAGAACUAAAACCAUCAGCUGGAGGAAAACCAGGAGGCCCCUCUGUUGUUACAGGGGCCCGACGAGGACAGCCAGCUGCUAGGAAGCUCUGAAUUUGUUUUUACAAAUCUGCAAAUAAACAUUCAGACCCUUGAGGGACACAGACGGAUGGAAACAAAGGAAGGAAAUCAGUCAGAUUUUCUUUGCAGAACGUGAGGAGGCAUUUGCACACAAUGAUUUGAGCUUAAUGUACAGAGCAAUGACUGCUGCUCAGUCUGAUGACAGGAAGAAAACACUUCUGAAAACACACACACACAUUUACACACACACAUUUAUAUUUCAGUCCUUAUUAAGACUGUUUAUUGACUUCCUAGUAAGCCUAAACCACUACUAGUAAAUAACAUAACCCUAACCUACACCUCCAUUUACACCUUAGUCCUAACCUUAACCCUCCAUUUACACCUUAGUCCUAGCCUUAACCCUCCAUUUACACCUUAGUCCUAACCUUAACCCUCCAUUUACACCUUAGUCCUAACCUUAACCCUCCAUUUACACCUUAGU